AUGAGCGACAAACGCCCAAUGAUAACCUCCCUUCCAGAGGGGAAAGCAGACAAUGGAGACCACUCGGACAGACCUAUCUCCUCUAGAGAUAGAAACGAGAAGCCAUCGCCUAAGUCACUUCGAUUCGAACUCACCGUCUUCUUCCUAGCUCUCGUCGCCGUCGUCGGCUCCAUGGACGCCGUCAUUGUCAGCUCCGCUCUAGCAGCCAUAGCGCACGACCCCCAAAGCAGUAGCGUCGAGUCCUUCUGGGUUGGGACGGCUUUUCUCCUCGCGCAGACAGUCACGAUCCCGCUCCACGGCACGACAAGCGAAAUUUUCGGCCGCAAGGGGCCCAUCCUCAUCGCCCUCUCCAUCUUCCUCUUCGGCAGCAUCCUCUGCGCCACCGCGCAGACCAUCACCUGGCUGAUCGGCGCGCGCGUGGUGCAGGGCAUUGGUGCAGGGGGAAUGAUCCAGCCAGUGCAGCAUGAUACGUCGUCGUUUGUCCAGAAGCUGGGGAUGGUGGACUGGGCGGGACUGGGUGUGUUCACUUGCGCGUCGACACUGUUCCUGGUCUGGUUGACAGGGGGCGGUGUUUCGCAUCCGUGGGACUCGGCUGCCAUCUUGGCUCCGCUAGUGCUAGGCGCGCUGCUCUUUAUUCUCUUUGUCUUUAUCCAGUGCCGCGUGUCGACGAGGCCCAUGAUGCCGCUGCGGAUCUUUCAUGAUCGCUCUGCGAUUGUGGGGUUCGUGACGAGCUUUCUUCACGGGUUGGUCUUUGGUUUCCUCGGCGCCCUCCAACACUCCGUCCUCCAUGCCUCCCUCGAAACGAUGACCUGCAUCGCUUACUCUGCCCCCGCAGGCCUCGUAGCCAGCAUAAUUGUCAAACGCACCCAGCACUUCAAAUACAUUAUCGUCGUAGGAUGGGCUCUUCUCGCAGCCGGAAUGGGGACCAACAUAACAAUGCACCCCAGCUCCACCAAAGCCAUGCUAUACGGACCCCGCGUCCUCGUCUCCCUAGGCGGCGGACUCCUCUUCCCAACGCUCAUCUUCGCUGUCCAAGCCCGGCAACACGGCGACGACAUCGGCAUUGCCACCUCUGUGCAGGUCUUCGCACGCAGCAUGGGGACUGCCUUUGGCGUGGGUCUCGGGGGCGUCAUAUUCCAGAAUCAGUGGACUCAGGAGGUUGGGUCCGCCGUGGCGGCUGGCCGCAUACCCGCUGAAUCGAUUGUGGGGAGUAAUGUGGCGGAGACGGCGUAUUCCGUGAUCCGGAAGUUCCCUGAGACGGUGCAGGCGGUUUAUCGUGAGGCUUAUGCUGAUAGUUUGGCGAUGCUGUGGUGGGUGAUGAUGGGGUUGUCGGUUGGGGUUUUGUGGUUAGUUUGGUGGUGGGGAGGGAUGAUGUUGUUUGUGGGGGGGUUGGCGGGGAAGCAGAACUUUAGGGAUGAGGGGGAGAAGAAAGAGGAUGAUAGUUGUGGCUGGAUUAGGUUCUUCUUCCAUAUCUGA